AUGGCAGUUAUGGUGUUUAUACACGGUGGUGCAUUCAACAACGGAUCUGCAUCAUCUGAUUUUUACUCUCCUGAAUAUUUGAUUGAUGAAAAUGUAAUCAUAGUCACAAUCAACUAUCGUUUGAAUGCUCUUGGAUUUCUCAACUUUGAUAUUGACGAAUGUCCUGGCAAUAUGGGUUUAAAAGAUCAGCUGUUUGCAAUUAAAUGGGUAAAAGCUAAUAUCAAUGCGUUUGGAGGUGAUGCUCAAAACAUAACAAUUUUUGGAGAGAGUGCAGGAUCAGCAUCGGUUCAUUGUCACAUGUUGUCUCCACAAUCCACAGGACUAUUUCAAAAGGCAAUCAUGCAAAGUGGAUGUUUGUUUAAUUCAUGGGCAUUCACUGAAAAACACAGAGAAGCAGCUUUCAAGUUGGCCAAAAAUUUAGGUUGUGUAAAAGAUGAUCCUAAAGAAGUUGUUCAAUUCUUGCUCAGUGUUCCAGCCAUUGACAUCGUCAAAUUAACUAAAAUCGAGGGCAAGACUGAUUUUCAAGAUUAUGAGUUUCUUCCGUCUGUUGAAAGUGAAGCGGUUAGUGACAAAUUUUUACCUGCUCAUCCUGAAAUUUUAGUCAAAACUGCACCAACAGUACCUGUAAUAACUGGAAUCAACAACAUGGAAGGAUUGAUAGCUUUUGGAGAGCAUAAAAUGAGGAAAAUUCUUAAUGACACCAAAGAAAUUAAUGAAUUAUUUCAAAGGAAGUAUAGUAAAGAGAUCAUUAACAAAGUAAAGAACUUUUACUUCAACGAAUGUAACAUGGAAUUCGGAACAACUAGAUUGGAAAAUAUAUGUCAUCUCUACAGUGAUUUAUAUUUUUCUAAAGAUUUUCAUCGAGGUUAUGAUUAUAUUCUCAAACAAAACAUCUCACCUGUUUACAGUUAUGAGUUUAAAUUUGACGGAGAAAUCAAUAUUUGCAAAACCAUUCUGUUUUACUUAAGGCCAACUUUUCAACCGUUAAAAGGUGCAUGUCACGCUGACGAAUUGAGUUAUUUGUUUCAUGGACGAUUGUUUGGGUUUGCACCCAAGGCCAAUUCACCAGAGUUAAGAAUGUGUAGAACAAUGAGUAAAUUGUGGACCAAUUUUGCUAAAACUGGAAAUCCGAAUUCACAAGAUUUAAGUUUUGAAUGGAAAAAUACGAGUGCAGAAGAACCGAAAUAUUUGUCUUUAGAUGGAGACAAUACACGCAUGGUUAGUGGAUUAUUGAACAGUUCCAGGGUGUGUUUUUGGGAAAACAUCAGAAACAGCUAG